CAAAAGUCUGGCAGCACUACAUCGGUGGACACAAGAAACGAACAGAGUCAUAUAGAGAAUUCUUCUGCAAUCUUUUGAAUGACAACGGUGUAAAACACAUUCUCGAUGUCGCUUGUGGAACAGGAUAAGACACUCCGCACACACUUGAGGUCAUGCUACUAAAAACUCAGGGAACUGCAGGAUGCAUGCAGUUGUCAUUUGUCAGAAAAAGGUUGCCCUUCCUUCACCUUUCUAGCUGUAGAGCUUGAUAAAAAAGGAAGGAUUCCGCAGUGUUGAGGUAAUGUUACUCGAGUUAAUCUGACCACUGCUGUGCCUAUGCAAUACAAUCAAAAUUUACUUCCUGUUUUUGUGAGUGUUGGAGAAGAAUUGAGAGAGAUUGUACACCACAAAUCCCUUGAGGCUUUUGCUAGGAUUGUAAAAGUAACGAGCAAGUAACAUUGCUGGCAAUCAGAUACUUAGAUGAGAAGUGAAAAUUAAUUUCUGAGCUGACUGACAGUCACUUUAUCAAGUACCUUAUAAUUGUGUAAAGGGUAUCUGAAGGAAAAGCUAUUGGAAUUCUUACUUAGCAUGUUCUUUGUGAUCUUUGUAAACACAUCCAUUACCAAGGAUCAGUAGCUGGCAAUUAGGUUAUCACUCUUACUAGGGCCAUAAAUGUUUGUUCAUGUGCAUUGAGAAGUCCAUGGGUACAUUGUUAUUUUUUCUUGUUUCAUGAAGUAAUGCACCAGAGCAUCUUUAUUUCUCUUAGAGUGGACUCCAUUAUGCUGCUUGAAAACAACUUUAAAGUGACAAGCACAGAUGCCAGUGAUAAAAUGUUGAAACAAGCAUGGAAGAUACGGUGGCAGCGUCGAAAGGAAGAAGCCUUUGAUGAGUGGGAAAUUGAAGAAGGCAACUGGCUUUCUUUAAAAGAUGCCAACAUUGAUGUCCCUCCACAAGGUUUUGAUGCAGUCAUCUGUCUUGGAAAUUCAUUUGCUCACUUGCCAGACUUCCAAGGAGACUUAACCAAUCAGAAGCUGGCAAUUCAAAACUUCCAAGAUAUGUUAAAGCCUGGCGGGGUCUUGUUCAUUGACCACCGUAAUUAUGAUGCUAUUCUUGAUACAGGCAAAGCCCCUCAGCGAAACUUGUAUUACAAUAGUGACUGUAUUGAGAGUAUCAAGACUUCAGUCCUAUUUGUGGAUGGCAAAGAGAGUAUGAUAACAUUGGACUACACCGUUGACCCUUCAAAGGCUUCAGAUGAUUUUACAGAAGAGGGAGAAGAACCAGCAGUGAAGAAAAGGAAAUCAACUGAAGGAGACGUCAGCAAGUUCCGUCUUUCCUACUGCCCCCUGCGCCUGAGCACAUUUACCAACCUCCUGAAAAGCGUCUUCGGUGAAGCCACAAGACAUGAAGUGUUUGGCGACUUUGAACCCCUUGGACAAGUUGAAUGCCCAGCAUAUUAUGUUCACAUGAUUUGGAAACAGGCCAGUGAAGAUGUGAAUGGUGUGGAAGAUCACUAAACUUUUGGCAAUCUUGUAGCAUCAAAGAGAAUCCUUGAUUUUGAUAUUGACAGUUAAUAGUAGAUCAGAAUUAACUUUAAAUUGUAUUUAGUAGUUAUGUCUGUGUCCAUUGUCACUCUUGAUAAGUGGGAGGUGCACAUGUACAUAAAGUGUAAUUGUUUUUUUGUUUUUCUGGUAAAAAUUACUGUAACAGUAUACUUCAGUUAAUAUGUAGUCAUUGAUAGAGUUGUUAACCCUUUAACUCCCAAGAUCUGAUUGUUAAUUCUCCCCUCUAGCUGUUACACAUUUCCUUGUAAAUUAGUUAUGAGAACUUGGUGCUUUGUCAAGAGAUAAGUUGGGAUAUUCUCAUAUCCUGUUUGCUGAAUAACAUGGGAUAUUACAGGGAGAAGUUUCAUGUUAAUAACUUCUGGUAAUCAGAAUUAAAAUGAUACACAGCACACAGAAAGGGCCUAGCAAACAACGGUGUGUGCAUUUGUCACUUUUUCCAAACCUUUGCAUGAAGUGGCCUUUAUUCCCCAGAGAUGAAGCCAGUUGCCAGUUCUUUUGACAAGUGUGCAAGCCUUACUGGGAUUUCUGUAGCCAGUGAAAACACCUCAGCAACAUUUUGUACAAAGUGAGACACAGAGUGAAGCAAUUGAAACUAAAUAUAAUAGCUAGAAUGAAUUUUCCUUUUGUUUUAUAAUGUAAACGAUUCCUGUGCAUGUAAAACUAUCUUAAACAAUGGCUUGUCAUUAUCUCCUUUAGUUGAGUUAAUGAUUUAACCCACAGUACUGGAGUUCCAAACACUCUCUUUAGAGGUAAAAAAAAUUCUGUGAAAAGUGUAUCAUGAAAAAAAUUUAAAGUCUAUGCAGUAAAUUGUUGCAGUUUCCUUUAAUGACAUUUAACAUUUUAUGUGCCUAGUUUCACAACACACGACAUUGAGACCUUCAACCUCUGUCUCUAUCUUCCUGAAUCUCCCAAUGUCAAGUCUCUUUUUCUUCACCUGCACUGCAAAAAAUUCUACUUGAUAUAUUUAUAGGGGAUUGUUUAGCAUCUUAAACCAUGAAAGCCUUCCAAAAAAAUAUACAAUUUUUGACUUUUUUAAGUUCUGAAUGCUUAACAUAAACCAUACAGUUUCUUUGACAGAAGAUACUUUUAUUUCAAACAAUGUAUGUUACAAGGAAAUCUUAUGUUUAUAUUUUUUGGCUUAUCCUCAGGGUAACCAUGAUAAAAAUGCUACCAUGCAUCAGUGGCUGUCUAUUUGUUGUACAUUAAUUUUGGUUGAGUUUUUUAAAUAAUUGAAACGGCACUGGAACACAUAACUAAGGAAAAACUACCAGCACUAAAUUUUCAACAUUUCACAAGUUCACAUGGCUUAAUUUGACAACAGCUGCAGAUGGUCGUCAAGGAGCCCUACACAAUAAGCUGCUUUAUGACAAACAGUACUUUUAAAUUGUUCAUCUGACAUGCACUUUAUAUUAUUUAUCAAGAAGUAAAAGUCCUCAUGUGAGAC